CUCUCCUUUUCACCCACCAAAUCCAGACCUGUUCGCCUCCUCAUCCCUUAACUCUUUGUGCACUCAACCUACCCAUAGAUGUUGCUAUAAGAGAAGACCCAGCCACAGUUGACAGAAGCAGUUUCUGCUGCUGCAGUUGUUGUAUCCGCUAGCUACAGCGGCCAACAGAGUUGUCAAGAGGAGAAAAAGAGAGAAUGGGGGAGACGGUGGGGUGGUCAUGGAAGUGGUGCUUGUCCCUGAGUGCCAUUGGGGCUUGCAUGUUCAUGGCACUCAAGGUGUUGGACUUCUUGUGGUGGAGGCCGAAGAGGGUGGAGGAGCACUUUGCGAAGCAGGGGAUCAGGGGACCCCCCUACCGCUUCUUCGUUGGCUGUGUCAAAGAGAUGGUUGGCCUGAUGCUGGAGGCCUCCUCCAAGCCAAUGAUGCCUCAGACCUCCCACAACAUCCUCCCUAGAGUCCUCUCCUUCUAUCACCACUGGAAGAAGAUCUAUGGCUCCACGUUCCUGCUGUGGUUCGGGCCUACCGCGCGCCUGGCCGUCGCCGACCCCAACCUCAUCCGCGAGAUCCUCCUGUCGCGGUCCGAUGUCUUCGAGCGGUACGAAUCCCACCCGCUGGUCCGGCAACUCGAGGGCGAGGGGCUAGUGAGCCUCAGAGGCGAGAAGUGGGCUCACCACAGGAAGGUCCUCACGCCCACCUUCCACAUGGAGAAUCUCAAAUUGUUGAUACCUUUCAUCGGGAACACGGUGCUGGACAUGGUGGGGAGGUUGCCCACCUCCGGCGAGGAGGUGGAGAUCGAUGUGUCCGAGUGGUUUCAGGCCGUGACGGAGGAGGCCAUCACCCAGACCGCCUUCGGAAGAAGCUACGAGGACGGCAAGGCCGUCUUCCAGUUGCAGACCCAGCAGAUGGUCUUCGCGGCCGAGGCCUUCCGCAAGGUCUUCAUCCCUGGCUACAGGUUUCUGCCGACGAAGAAGAAUGCGAACUCAUGGAAACUGGAGAAGGAAAUUAAGAGGAGCCUGGUCAGGCUGAUCGGACGGCGAAAGGAGCGGCUGGGUGAGGAGGAGAAGCCCGGCGGGGACAUCAAGGACUUGCUGGGCCUGAUGAUCGACGCGAGCGCGUCGAAACAGGGGAUAGGGUCUGCGGCGGCUGGUCGCCAGGGGGUGCUGCGGAAGCCUCCUCCUCCGCCGUCGUCGUCCACGACGACGAGGAUCACCGUGAGGGACAUCGUGGAGGAGUGCAAGACGUUCUUCUUCGCGGGGAAGCAGACCACCUCCAACCUGCUGACAUGGACCACAGUACUCCUGGCCAUGCACCCGGAGUGGCAGGAGCGCGCGCGGGCGGAGGUCCUCCGCGUGUGCGGCCGCCACGACGUUCCCUCCCGCGACCACCUUGCCAAGCUCAAGACGCUCGGGAUGAUCCUGAACGAGACGCUGCGGCUGUACCCGCCGGCGGUGGCGACGAUACGGCGGGCGAAGGCGGACGUGGCGCUCGGCGGGCUGCACAUCCCCUGCGGCACCGAGCUGCUAAUCCCGAUCAUGGCCGUCCACCACGACGCCGGGCUGUGGGGCCCGGACGUCGCACGGUUCAAUCCGGCCCGGUUCGCCGACGGGGCGGGACGAGCCGCCCGCCACUCCACCGCCUUCAUCCCCUUCGGCCUCGGCGCCCGGAUGUGCAUCGGCCAGAACCUGGCCCUCCUCGAGGGCAAGCUCACUGUCGCCAUCCUCCUCCAGCGCUUCGCCUUCCGCCUCUCCCCUUCCUACGUCCAUGCCCCUACCGUCCUGAUGCUCCUCUACCCGCAGUACGGCGCGCCCAUCCUCUUCCGACCGCUGCCGCAGCCGUCCGCCGCCAUCCACACCGACCCCGCCUCCUGUUAGAAGCAUUAUUUUCACACAACCUCGGCAUCAUACAGGUUAACCACACAGCCCUUGCGAGCUUGCGCCUAACAUGUGACCGCCAGCACCAUCACCGCUAACUUUGCCUGGAAAUAACCUUCAUACGUCACUUUCUCAGGCCUUCUUCUUCUUCGUUUCAUUUACAUCUCCAAAUGGCUUUGGUGUACGUACUUCUGUAUUAUACUCCCAUCCAUCUUCUUCAACACAAAUUGUUCAUCUAUGUCUCCUCUCUCCUCUGUUUCAAAGGAUCUAUGUUCUUAUUCUCUGCUUCAAAGCAGCUGAAGAAGCAGCACCACCAAAUCAUCCACCAAAAUAUGCAGGACAUGACGAGAUGCGGAGGUCAAAACAGAGUGUUGAGCGUCGGCGUAGAACAGGGUGUCGUGUCGGCUAGCUGUCACUCCUCGGUACAUGCAAACGCAGACAGAGUGACGGCCGGCACUGUUUGCAGAGCACAUAAUCUCUGGCGACAUGGCGCGACCUGCUCGCUUUGGCGCUUUCCUCCUUUCCAACAGUCCUCGCCUCGUUGUUGCAUUGCAUCUCCGAUCCCUCUGUGACCUAACUAAUUACCCAUCAACUGUCCACAUCUCCAUCCCGGAGGACAAACGCCCCCCCGCCCCCCUGCUCCGUACUCGCAUUUAGAUCCCCAAUGACAGUGAAAUAUCACCAGCAGAGUAAGCUCUCUCCAAAUCCUGCACUCAUGAGCGGGAUGGGCGGCAUGUGGAAGAAGGGUUCCCCUGUCUCGAUCUUUCUCAUUUCUCCCUCCCCUGUAUAUGUAACAAUUGUCGUUGUUAAAUUAAUUUUUGAUUGUCGAUGCUGAUUCAGAAUUAAA